AUGUCGGCUGGUACAUUGCUUGGGACCUUGAACUUUCCUCCUUCACCUCCACACGGCUCAGGCAGCCGGGAACCUAGCUUUCCUUCAAGCAUACAACUGCCAAAGCUGCAUUCUCGAUUCGACAACAUUCCGUUAUCGCGAAACGGGCUUAGGACUCCCCCGACUGACGAAAUGAGCACUGUCUUUCAGCCCCAGCUGGCUUCAUGGGAGAAUCAUGCUAUUCACAACUAUCCUGCUGCAGUGCCUCAGGCUGCUCGACCUACAGCUCCUGUAACCGAUGCGAGAGCAUCUCAAUACUACAGAUAUCCCACGCAGCAACAAGAUCAACAGCAGCAACAGCAAUCGCAACCGCAACCGCAACCGCAAACCACAUAUAACCAUUACUACCAGCAUGAGCCAUCGACGCAACCUGCACAACCUCAGCUUAAUUUACAUCCGACUUCCCAAGUCUCUCAGCACCGAAAUGGGUCAAUCUCAGCGGAGUCACAAGCCCUGGGACAGACCAUCAGGCCUUCAACGCCUACAUCGACUGCAUCAGGGAGCAAGGACGAGUCCGAGUCGCUUGUCUAUCAUAGCCUGCAAAUCCCCAAGUGUAUCAGCCCUUCAGGUGGAAACCUCGCCGAUUUCGCUGCUCAGAUGACUUGCCUGUUCUGGUUCGAAUCGAUUGAGGAACUCAAGCAGGCCGAAUCGAUUCGUGUCAGAGGCCCCAAUGCCCUCAUUCCUCGGUUACCGACUCUCGCCAAACCCCACGAUCAAUUUCGGAAGUGGGUGUACAGCGUUUUGUCGACGACACAGGUGACCCAAAAUGUCAUCCUCUUGGCAUUGUUGUUCAUCUACCGGUUGAAGAUGUCAACUCCUCAAAUCAAGGGUCGCGCCGGCAGUGAAUAUCGAUUGUUGACUGUGGCCCUCAUGCUCGGGAACAAAUUCUUGGAUGAUAACACCUACACGAACAAGACCUGGGCCGAAGUGUCAAGCUUCCAUGUGCAGGAGAUCCAUGUCAUGGAGGUGGAGUUCCUGAGCAACAUGCGAUACAAUUUGGUUGCUACAAAGGAACAGUGGGAGGGCUGGUUGGACAAGCUUUCCUGCUUCAACGAGUACUACGAGCGAGCUGUGCGAUUGCCAGCAUCCCCGAUUCAUAUUCCUUCGCCAACAAACAAGUCUCAUCACUCGCCUGUUGCUUCACCGACGGGUAUGAUGCAGCCCGCCGCCAGCCUCCCUACUCCGGCUGUUACAACGACCAACUAUUCACCUACCUCGAGUCAUUCCCAGAACUGGUCCGCAUACCACUCGAACACUGUCUCUCCAUUGGCUACCAAGCCCAAUCUGCAGUUCCCUGUCUCACGGAAGCGAAGUCCCGAGGAAGAGAUCAUGGAACACCCCGCGAAGCGACUUGCUCCUCCUGGACGAGCUCCAGCUGCCGCGAUGGUCCAGGCUGUCAACUCACGACCCAAUGGGAUCGUUGAGCCGGCGAGGCUACCUGUGCCCCAUCUCACUGUCAUGACCGGACAGCUCCAGAUGCAGCCUCAGACCCAGCCUUCACUGACGCCCUUCAAUAGCGGCAAUGUCAAUGUCAACGGGUAUCCUCAACCUACGCAGCAGGUUGCCCAGCCUGUUCACGUCUCGCUUCCUCCAUUGCAGACCGGUAUGCGUGCCAUGUCAACAGUCUACCCAUCAGGCCCCGCCGCUAUGGUGCAGAAGCAAUCGCUUCCCACAACAACGGGUGUCACCAUGGCGCAAGCUGGCUUUCCUACUCAGGCACCUGUUAACUAUGGUACACCAAACAAGCAGCACAGUCCUGGACGUCUGGGCCCCUUCAACUCAUCGCCUCUAGCUGAGGCAUACGGCCAAGCAUCGGCUGUUCACACUCCUAUGGUGCACACUCCCAUUUCUAACUCGCCGAGUGUCUUCCUGCAACAGCGACCUAGCCCGUACAAACCUGUGCGCCAUGUUAACACGCUCUUGUGUCCCCCACCUUCGGCCUCACUUGAGCAAUAUCAUCUCGCUGUACCUGUUCCCCCGACACAGAUGCACUAUCAGCCAUUGGGACGACGAAACGACCUGCGAACUGGUAUUGUCCCAGAAUUUAUGGUCUAUAACCGCGGUCACCCCCAGAACCUCCCCCCUCACGGACUCGCUCAGGGACACUACCCGUCUUAG